AUGGCUGAAGAACAGGCCCUGGCAGAGGAGGCUGUACAGGUUAUUAUUGCCAAAUAUGAGGCUAAAAAAGCCGAGGCAAUGCAGGCUGCUACUACAUAUCGGUUGGCUGAAGAAAAUCAUCAGUGGCAUUGGAAGGCCUUGGUGGAGGCCAUAUUCAAUGGGUCACUUGAUCCUAAACAGGGUAAUUGUCAGCUGGCCAAGCUGGAGUCAGAGUUUACCUUUCCUAAUCCUCUCUUCCUUUGCUCCCCUUUUCCUUCUGCCACUGUGUCCUUCUCUUGUCCCAAUCUAUCCACUGACUCCUCUUAUCCUGACCCAUCUGCCAAUGAUUUGGAGCUUGUAUCCGUAAACAAUGCCCUGGACCAAAUGAGCAUGGGCCUGGUCGCCACCACUGCCCUGACCAAUGUGAAGGGGUCCGAGGAAGGUAUUCGGGAAGCCUUGAGAAAAUACCAAACAGUGCUAGACAAAGUACCAAAGACACCAACUAUUACUAAACAUGAUACUAGAUCCAGCACCCCCCUUGCAUUAGAGGUUGUUUUGGUGUUGUGCUUGGCACUUAGAGCCACCUCUAGCAUAUCAGUCCUGGCACAGGCUGAAUGUUGUCUGUUUGGCCUCUCGUGGAGUAAAAUGGAGCUGGCCAAAUAUGUUUGGGUUUGGAAACCCAUCCAGCAUUUCCCAACCACCACCCAUACUAUCCUAGCCCCUUCCCAUCCCUGUUCCUCUGCUGUCCCUACCCUGCCUGACUCCUCUCACCUAUCUUUUGUCAUCGUGCAAGGCAUUGCAUCAGAGCUUUGGUACCACAUUACUAUGGCCAAAGUUUUGGAUGUGGUGUUGGUGGAAGACUCAUUGGAUGCCAAGGAUUUGGGAAUGUUGGUGUUGGGCAACUUUGUUCCCAAUGUAUAA